UAAGAUCUGGAACGGUCUUUCCCUCGCCGGAAUUACGUUAUAUUCAAGCUCAAAGGGUCGCGUGUUUGGAAAAAACAUUUUUUUUUUGGAAAUUGGAUUAAUUUUGUUUCCUAAUUAACUAUUCAAAUAUUUUUAGUUGCCAUAACUGAAAUUAACCUGCUAACAGUAUAUUUAUUUUACCUGUGUAAAAAAUUCUUAGUAUCAUAAUUAAUCGUAAUGGAUAUCACUACGGAUAACAUUAAUCAUCUUAUAAAAUGUCUUCAAGCCACUUUAAGUCCUGAUCAAAAUGAAAGAAAACAAGCUGAAAACUUUUUAUUAUCAAUUGAGCGUAACAAAAAUUACCCUUUAUUAUUAUUGCAAAUAAUCAGUGCUACACAUGAUGUUAACAUUAAUUUGGUUAAAAAAAUUGGAGCUGUUACAUUUAAAAAUUAUAUCAAGAGAAAUUGGCUUGUUGAUGAAGAAACUUUAGAAAAUAAAAUACAUCAAGAAGAUCGAGUAUUAAUAAAAGAACAAAUAUUUACUGUUAUGUUGAAUUCGCCAGAGGAUAUACAAAAACAAUUAAGUGAUGCAAUCUCUUUGAUUGGAAAAUAUGACUUUCCUGAUAAUUGGCCUAAUUUACUCCAAAAAAUUAUUGAAAAUUUUAUGGCAUUUGCUGCUGCACCUAAUGGUGAUUUAAUUCCAAUAAAUGGUGCAUUAGAAACAGCACAUUCAUUAUUUAGAAAGUAUAGAUAUGAAUUAAAGUCUCAAAAAUUGUGGACUGAAAUAAAAUUUGUAUUAGAUAAUCUAGCAAAACCACUUACUGAAUUAUUUGUACUAACUAUGAAUUUGUGUAAUGUUUCAAAAGAUCCAAAACUUUAUAAUAUUCUAUUAGUUAUAACAAAAAUAUUUUAUUCAUUAAAUUAUCAGGACUUACCUGAAUUUUUUGAAGAUAAUAUGAAAACUUGGAUAGUUAAUUUUCAAAAUCUUUUAGAAUUAGAAAUUGUUGAACUGGAAACAAACAGUGAUGAUGAAACUGGAUUAUUACAUCAAAUUCAGUCACAAAUUUGUGAAAAUGUAUCAUUGUAUGCACAAAAGUAUGAAGAAGAAUUUUCCGCAUAUAUGAAAGAUUUAGUUACAAUCAUUUGGAAAUUACUUAUUAAAACAGGCCCUAAACCUAAAUAUGAUACGCUUGUAAUAAAUGCAUUGCAAUUUCUAUCAACAACAGUUGUCAAACCUCAAUAUAAAGAAUUAUUCAAUGAUCCAUCAGUAUUUUCUGCAAUUUGUGAGAAAGUUGCUAUACCCAACAUGCAAUUUAAAGAAUCUGAUGAGGAGCUAUUUGAAGAUAACCCUGAAGAAUAUAUCCGAAGAGAUAUUGAAGGAUCAGAUGUUGAUACUAGAAGAAGAGCUGCUUGUGAUCUUGUGAAAUCAUUAUCAAAAGAAUUUGAAGAAAUUACAAUGAGAUCCUUUGGCUUGUAUGUAAAGUCAAUGUUAGAGCAGUAUACAGCUAAUGAACAAAAUUGGCGAAGUAAAGAUGCUGCAUUAUUUUUGGUUACCACUCUAGCAUCACGUGGAAGUACUCAACGCCAUGGAACAACUAAAAUCAGUGAACUUGUCAACCUAGAAGAAUUUACUACUCUACAUGUAUUGCCAGAAUUGGCAAAUUCUAAUAUUAAUGGUAUGCCAGUCAUGAAAGCUGAUGCUAUAAAAUACAUUGUGACUUUCCGAAGUGUCUUACCUACUCAGAUAAUAGUUAAUACCUUACCAGCCCUUACAAAGCUUUUAGAAGCUGAUAGUGUUGUCGUAAGGAUUUAUGCAGCAGCUGCAAUAGAUAAAAUUUUGCUCUUGAGGCAUCCUGAGACUAAAGCAUUGAUUGUUGGUGCGGAUAUGCUCGUACCUUUUGCGGAACAGUUAAUCAAAUCUCUUUUUGGGAUAUUAACAAAACCUGGCUCUGAAGAAAAUAGUCAUACUAUGAAAGCUAUUAUGAGAACAUUCUUAACCCUCAAGCAACAGAUAAUACCAUUACUAGCAGAACUUCUACCUGUUUUAACUGAAAAACUUACUAUGGUAGCACGCAACCCAAGUCAACCAGAAUUUAAUCAUUAUCUUUUUGAAACUAUUUCGUAUUGUGUAAAAUUGGUUUGCACUGUUACUCCUGAAGGAGUUGCUUCAUUUGAAGGUGUUUUGUUUCCUAUUUUCCAAAUAAUAUUGCAACAAGAUAUUUUAGAAUUUAUGCCAUAUACAUUUCAACUUCUUGCUCAAUUACUUGAGUUCCACAAUCAAGGGAAUGUAGGUGAAGCAUAUACAAUAUUGUAUCCAUUUUUGUUGUCACCUGCUUUAUGGGAUAAAACUAGUAAUAUUCAUCCUUUAGUGAGACUGCUCAGGUCUUAUAUAGGAAAAACACCACCAGAAAAUAUUGAGAAAUCUUUAAAUAUUAAUGGGUUACUAGGUAUAUUUCAAAAGCUAAUUGCAUCCAAAUCACAAGACCAUGAAGGAUUUCAUUUACUUAAAACCUUAAUUGAACAUUGUCCAAUAGAAACUAUACAGCAACAAAUGAAAAAUAUAUUCAUUCUGCUAUUCCAAAGGUUAUCUUCAUCAAAAACAACAAAGUUUGUUCGAGAAUUAAUCAUAUUUAUAUUUUUUUGCAUUAUAAAAUAUGGAGCAACAUAUGUCAUUGAUCUUAUAGAUUCAGUUCAAAAUGGCAUGUUUGGAAUGUUAUUGGAUAAAAUUAUUCUACCUGAUGUUCAAAAAGUUACCGGAACUACUAAUAAAAAAAUUACUGCAAUUGGUAUUGUUAAAGUACUUGCAGAUACAAAUAAAUUGAUUGAGGGAGAUUAUGCUUCAUUUUGGUCUCGACUUCUUGAAACACUCAUUUGUUUAUUUGAACUCCCAGAAGAUGAAACUGUUUAUUCAGAAGAUAAAUUACUUUUAGAAGAUAAUGAUUCCUCUUAUGAAGCUGGUUAUUCACAGUUAGCUUUUGCUAGUGAAGCUGAAUACAAUCCUUUGUCUGGCAUUGAGCCAAAAGCUUUCCUAUCUCAAUCAUUAAGUAAAUUAAUGAUCCAAAUACCUGGCCGUGUUCCUAUAUUAAUGAGUCAGGGACUUCUAGAAGAAAAACGUGUCCAAAUACAGAAUUAUUUGAUAAGCCUUAAUGUACAAAUUGUAUAAAUUGUACCUUAAUGUAAAUAUAUAUAUAAAAUUUGUCUGGUAAUAUUGUAAGUGAGUUUUUUUUACUGUAAAAUAAUCAUUUUAAUUUUAAUAGAUCUUUAUUUUACAUUGACUUUAAGUAAUUCAACAUUGUUCAUUUAAAAAUUUAAUUUCUUCAUUUUAUAUUUAUAAUACUUUGUUACUGCAAAUUAUUUUUCUAAUUAUACAUUUCUUUUAUAACUUUAACUAGUAUAUUAGAUUUAAAAAAAGUUUCUAUGUUUUAUUUAUUGUCAACUAAAUUAUUGUGUAUAAUACAAAUGUAAUGGUGAAAUAUCCAUAA